AUGCAUAAAACGAUAAGAAAACUAUUUAGCGAUGAUGUGUGUGACAAGAUAGAGAAUAUGAAAAUAUUGUUGGUAGGUGCUGGUGGUAUUGGUAGUGAGUUUUUAAAAAAUAUAAUAACAAUAGGUUGUAAGAAUAUUGACAUUAUAGAUAUGGAUACGAUUGAUAUUACAAAUUUGAAUAGGCAAUUUUUAUUUAAAAAGGAAGAUGUAAAAAAGUAUAAAUCUCUUGUAGCAAAAGAGAGAGCAUUAAAACAUAAAAAAAAUUUGAAUAUAAAUGCAUAUACAUUUGAUGUAUGUACUAUGAAAAGUAGUGAUAUAAAAAAAUAUGAUUAUGUAAUUAAUGCAUUAGAUAAUAUAAAAGCUAGAAAAUAUGUAAAUAAAUUAUGUAUUAUGGAAAAAAAAGUUUUAAUAGAAGCUGGAAGUACAGGUUAUAAUGGUCAGGUGUAUCCUAUUUAUUAUAAUGAAACCAAAUGUUAUAGUUGUGAAGAGAAACCAAAAAAUAAAACAUUUGCAAUAUGCACAAUAAGACAAACUCCUUCUUUACCUGAACAUUGUGUUGCAUGGGGUAGAUUAAUAUUUGAAACAUUUUUUUGUAAAAAUGAUAAUGAAACAUUAAUAGAUAUUAAAAAUCAUAUUGAAGAAGAAUCUAAGAAAAGAAAUAUGGAUAAGAAGGAAAUUAUAAUCUUUAUUUUUAAUUAUUUAUUUAAUGAUUCUAUAAAAGAGUUAAUUUCUUUAAAAAAAGAUUAUACAACGAUGCCCACACCAAUACAUUUUGAAUUUGAUGAAAAUAUAGAUAUUUUUAAAGAUGAAAAUGAAAAUGAAAAUAAGAAAAAUGCAAACAACACAGACAAAUUAAAUGACAACAAAGAUAAUAUUAAUGAUAACAAAUAUGAUGGUAAUAAUUCCAGAGGUGAAGAAAAAAAUCAAGAAAAAGAAAAUAAUAUACUUAAGUUAUCCUCACAAAAUAUAUGGGAUAAAAAAAAAUGUAUAGAAAUGUAUAUUAAAACAUUUUUAAAAUUAUAUAAAUAUUUGAAUAUAAAUAAAAAAGAAGAAGAAUAUUUAAUAUUUGAUAAAGAUGAUGAUGAAUGUAUAAAUUUUAUAACAGCUAUAUCGAAUAUAAGAAUGUUAAAUUUUUGUAUCAGUCAAAAAAGUAAAUUUGAUAUACAAUCCAUAGCAGGAAAUAUAAUACCUGCAAUAUCAUCGACAAAUGCAAUUGUUGCUUCUUUGCAAGCUUUUCAAUUAAUUCAUGUUAUUGAAUAUUUUGAAACAUUAAAAAAUAAAAAUAAUAAUAAAAACAAUAUUAGUUGUGAUGAUGAUAAAGAAGAAAAUAAGAUAGACCAUUUUAAUAUACGAAAUAGUAAAGCUAGACAUGUAUGGGUUAAAAGUAUAGUUAAUGGAAAUAAAAUAUUUUCACGAGGAAACUUAGUAAAUGCUGAAGCUCUAGAAAUACCUAAUCCAAAUUGUUAUAUAUGUCAACAACCUAUCAUACAUAUAUAUAUAAAAAGUUUUGAGAAAAUGACAUUAUAUAAUUUUGUAAAAGAUAUAUGUAUGAAUGAAUUGUCAUUUUUAUAUCCUUUCUUAGAUAAACAAGAUAGAAAUAUAUUUGAUUAUGAUUUAUUUCAAGAAAAUGAAGAUGAUUAUUUACAAAGUUUAUAUUCAUCAUUAAAUGAUUGGGAUAUAAAACAUGACGAAAUAUUAAUACUUACAGAUUUUCAAAAUAACAAGGACCAAAUGGAAAUACAUUUAAAAGAAGACCCUUCACUAGAAACAGAAUAUUUUAUACAACAAAAAAAUGUUCCUUCAAAAAAAAGAAAAGUUUCAUAUAUUAAGCAGGUUGAAGGAAAUAUCGAUACUGAAAGUGUAAAAAAAAAGAGACAUAUAUUAUCAGACGAACAAAAGGAAACAAACGAUGAAAGCAAGCCUACUAAAAAGAGAAAACAGGACGCAAUUAAAAUAGAGGAAAUAAUAAUUGACGACGAACAAAGUGAUAAUCAAAAUGUAGUCUUGAUUGAUUAA